CCUGCCACUCGGGCUCAAGUUCCUGCUGCCCAGGAUCGGCCCUGCUCGCCUGCACCUCCCCGCCUCGCCGCUGCGCCGCCCCUCGCGGGCAGGGAUGACGUCCUCCGCUGCCGGGUUGCCGCUGGCGUUCCACCCGAAGCGCCAGUCCUAUUCGGGUGUAGGCGACGAUGACGAUCCCAGCACUGCGUGCUCGCAGUCGUCCGGCGCGCUGGCCGAGGAGCCUGAAGUGCAGCGGGUGAUCUCCGAGGACGCCGACGUGCCGGCGAGGAGGGUGCUCUCCGCCCCCGACUCGAUCUCGUCGGGGGCGGCCAGCCCGGCGACCGCGGCCGCGGUCCGGAGGCACCGGACCAAGAACCGCCUGGCGGAGCUGCUAGGCGCGGCGGCGGUCGUCCCCACCUCUUCCGCGACAGCCCCGGCCAGCUCGGGCGGCCGCAUGUGCGGCGUCCUCAGCACGGAGCCGAUCCCCUCCCAGGACAUGGCGAAGGUGCCCGCGCGGAAGGCCCUCUCGGGGCCCGCGCCGUCCGACCCGGCGGCCGCCCGGAGCUUCCGCGCGAAGGGCCGCGUCGCCCGCCUGCUCGAGCAGGACGCAGAGGGCCCCAGGCACGCCCGCCCUGACUACACCCCAGCGCUUAUGAGCUGGCCGCGGCUGCAGCGUACCUCGGCGACCUUCGGCCGUUACCCGCUUGGCGGCAGUACUGGUCCCUGCCUUUCCUCUGCCCCUGUCCCAGCCGGCCCCGCGUACGGCGGUGGUACGGACCUCGCGCUGAGUGGUUCAGCCUUCAGCGUGUCGCUUCGGUUCUACCUGUCCUCUUCGGCUAGGCUGGUAAUAUAUGGCGUUCUCCGUUCCUCGACCUCCCUGGACUUUGCGGAGUGCCAGGGCAUCGGCGACCCGGGCGUGCAGGGCCUGGCCAGGGCGCUGCCCGCCGGCCUCGAGCGGCUGCGGUUCUCCGCCCGGGGAUGCGCCGGGAUCAGCGACAAGAGCGUCGUCGCACUGGCGAGAGGGCUGCCCAGCGGGCUCACGGCGCUCACCGUGCAACUGAAGGAGACGGGCGUGAGCCCGGAGAAGGUGAAGAUGUGCUCGGACCUGCAGGCCAUGCGCGAGCACGCGGCGUCCUCCAAGUCGUGCUGCGCCCUGCAGUGAGGACGCGCGCCGGCCGCGCGAGAAGCACCCGUAUCGCCUGUCGGCACCUCUGCGCAGCGGGCGGCGGCCCGCGUCGGAGCCGCGCGUGCGUUGCCGCCUGCAGUUGGGGUCGGCUGCUAAGAUCCGCCGUCCUGUUUUUUUUUUUGCCACCCUGGGCGGGGUCUCGUGUCUUCUCGCGCGUCCUGUCCGAUCGAGGCCGACGGUACAGUGCCGUUUUUAAUACAUGCUCCGCGUGCGGAUCAUGCAUUGAACAUGCAGGGAUUUAGUAC